AUGAGGCGGAGAAACGAACAAGCCAACGUGAAUGUCGUUCAAGUACAAGCUGAGCAAGCACCGCCCUGGUUACAGUCCUUGGCUGACAUCAGUUAUCUAGAGGACUUGAUAGGGAUUGCUGCUCUGGAUACGAGACCGAGUAGUCAAACAAUAGUGGAUGGCCUGUACACUCCUUCAACGUCCCCACCUGCCUACACUCUGGUUGUGGACGGUGCACUGGACAAGCCGCCUUCCUACUCUGCAUUGUUUCAAGAAACCAACAAAUCUCGUAAGCCAGCACGAGACAAGAUGUCAACCUCCAACGAAGAAAGCAUUCAAAACAUCAUGGCGAAUUCCAGCUGCAGCACUUCCACUAGUGCUGCUCGAGUGCCACCAGAUGGCGCUGACACCACAUUAACCUCUCUUGCGGGCUCCGCUCUGUGCAUUAAAGAGUUCGAUCAACACGCUGAAAGCGUGGGGGAGAAAGACAUGAUGGAUAAUAGCCUGCAAAAGAUGCUGUUGGUUGCAGCAGUUGUGCUGGCAUCUCUCCAGGCAGGAAGUUGCUUGAAGUGCCUCCACUGCAUAGGCCCUGACUGCGACCGUGUUGGCAACAGGUUCUUCACCGACUGUGCCCAGAAUGGGCAGGGGAUUGAUGAAGAUUGGAGAGAGCAAUGUGUCACAGUGUUCCACAAGAACUACGAGAUGGAUGAGGUGGAAAAGUUCCCGACAUCGGGUGGACAUCCGUACUUACUACCGACGUCAAUGCAGCCACUGUUCCAAGGAGUGUAG